AUGGAUAGGCUUAGUGCAGCAAUUUUUAUGAGGGUGGAAUUUGCAAUGGAAUACAACAAAGGUGGGAAAGAAAUAUAUGACGAUAUCAGAAGGUUAGAAGAGUUAAUGAUGCAAAAUAUUCGUUAUCUAUGGUUGCCAGGUACGAGUUAUAUCCCUAUGCUCUCAAAUCUGGAGGCUUGGAAGCGGACUAGAAGAUUGGAAAAUAACUUGAAAGACAUGAUAAAGAAAAGAAAAGAGAGUAGAUCAUAUGGGGAUGAUCUUCUUGGCUUGAUGCUCUCAGAAAUAGAGAACGUUUCUUCAAAAGACAAGAAUUUCAGCUACACAACACAGCAAGAUUGGCAACAGAAAGCCCACGAAGAAGCCGUUGCAAUCUGUGGAAACAACAAUCCCACCAUGAUUGGGAUGAUACUGAACGAGACAAUGAGAUUGUAUCCACCUGGAGCAGGGAUCGUCAGGGACCCCAGAUACUGGGGAAGUGAUGCAAAUGAAUUCAGGCCAGAGCGUUUCAGAGAUGGAAUGAGCAAAGCUACAAACAAUCAUCCGUAUGCGUUCAUGCCAUUUUGUAGCGGGCCAAAGAGCGUGCAUUGGCCUAAACUUUGCCAUGUUAGAAGCGAAGGUUGUUAUGGCUAUAAUGUCGAAGAAGUUCAGAUUUAG